AUGAUAGCAAACGUCCGCGGCGACGAAAGACCACCUGACAAUGCCCUGUCCGGGGAAAACAAUUUGUUGUCGAAUUUGAACGAAAAAGAUUAUGACAAAUCUAUCGACUUGUAUACAAAGGCUAUUGAACUAAACCCUUUUGUUGCUUCCUAUUAUGGAAACAGGAGUUUUGCAUAUAUAAAAACAGAGUUUUAUGGUUAUGCAUUGGCUGAUGCAGACAAAGCUAUAAAACUUGAUCCUAAAUAUGUUAAAGCAUACUACAGAAGAGCCACUGCUAACAUGGCACUUGGUAAAUUUAAAUUAGCUCUUAAAGAUUUUGAAGCAGUGACAAAGAGUCAUCCAACUGAUAAAGAUGCUCAGAAAAAAUACAAUGAAUGCAACAAAAUUGUUACAAGAAUAGCUUUUGAGAAGGCAAUAUCUGUUGAGGAAAAAAAGAAAUCUGUUGUCGAUCAAAUCAAUCUUUCUACCAUAUCUGUUGAGUCAGAUUACGAUGGUCCAAGACUAGAAAAUGAGGAGAAAGUCAGUCUGAAAUUUGCAUUGGAUUUAAUGAAAGCGUACAAAGAUCAAAAAAAGCUUCAUAGGAAAUAUGCUUACACAGGCAAGAAGUUUACUGUGUGCGGCGAUGUUCAUGGACAGUUCUAUGACUUGAUGAAUAUAUUUGAACUCAAUGGCAUUCCAUCGGCUGACAAUCCAUAUUUGUUCAAUGGGGAUUUUGUUGAUCGAGGAUCAUUCUCCGUUGAGUGUAUUUUCACCUUGUUAACAUUCAAGUUGUUGUAUCCUAACCAUUUCUUUAUGUCUAGAGGAAAUCAUGAGAGUGAGACAAUGAAUCAAAUGUAUGGUUUUGAUGGGGAAGUGAAAUCAAAGUAUACAGGCCAGAUGGCCACACUUUUUACAGAAGUCUACAACCUGCUGCCAUUAUCCCACUGCAUCAAUAACAGCAUUUUGGUGAUGCAUGGAGGAUUGUUCUCUGAUGAUAACGUGACACUCGACGACUUGAGAAAGAUUGAGAGAAACAGACAACCACCCGAAUCAGGUCUCAUGUGUGAGUUGUUAUGGUCUGAUCCGCAGCCUCAAAAUGGUCGAUCGCCGAGCAAACGAGGAGUGGGAAUACAAUUCGGUCCCGACGUCACCAAAAAGUUCUUGGAGAAGAAUAACUUGAAGUAUAUAAUAAGAAGCCAUGAAGUGAAACAAGCUGGCUACGAAGUGGCCCACAAUGGUCAAUGCAUCACUGUUUUCUCUGCUCCUAAUUAUUGUGAUACCAUGGGCAACAAAGGGGCGUUUGUAACAUUGAAAGGUGGAGACUUAACUCCAAAGUUUACAUCUUACGAAGCUGUGCCUCACCCGAACGUCAGACCUAUGGCUUAUGCCAAUUCCCUCUUGUCACUGCUUGCUUGA